GGCUGUCAGAAACCGAGCUGGUGACAUCCCCAUCCUGCGUCUCAGGUUACCACGUGCAGACCUCUGAGCCGCCUCCCCUGCCCUGAGGGCAUCAGCGAAAGACACACACCCAAUUCCCACCGCCUAGGCAUUGGGGCAGUACACAGGGAAACUGAGGCUCACACGGUAUUAGUAUAGGAGAGCAAGACUCACAUACAACAUAACAAGGGGGAAAACCCCACUUCAUCACAUCUCCAGCACAGCUCCAGCUGCAUCAGUUCUGUUCCCGCAAACUGCGCGUCCGGCGUUGACACCUCCCCAGGUGAUUGUCUGGCUGCAGUUCCCCACUGAUUCGUUUUACCAGUUGGGCUGUCGUCAGGGUGACACGUUCACCUCCUGGACUCCCGCAUCUCUUGUACGGAGCGUCUCCCGGAUAACAAACCUCAGGCCUCCCCCAGCUCGUCCCGGGCAGUUGUCUCUCAAGCAGCCAGACCAACCAGAGCUAUGGUGUGUUUCUUGAAGAGCAGCAACGUGGGUGUUUCUCCCCCGGCAGAACUUUCCUGGAUACGGUUCCGGGGGCCGGCUGAAUUCCAAGGCACAAUGGUAAAGGCAGCAGGAGAGCGUUUAUUGACAUCUCCCCGGAGGCCACAAGAGGUGACGGGUCAGUUUCUCUGUACGCAGUAUUCCCAUGUUUCCAAACUCUCUUCUGCAGCUUCUGGGGGGUAGAUUGGGGUGUUCUCUCCAUUGCCUGCCGCGCGGCAUGGGGCAUUCCACAGUGUCUACGCUGGCAUGGGCCAGUCCAAGCGACCCAGGUCCUUCGUCAUCAGCCAGCAGGAAACGAGGUGUCGUCUUCGCGGCUUCUUGCAACAUUGUCUCUCUGCACAAGUCGCCUUGUGCCAUCCCCGCUGGUGUAAGACACGUUGGGCAACAGCGUUUGUGUAAGACUCACUUUUACUGCCGGUGGCUUCUCUUCAGUCAGCGAGUGACUUCCACAGGCCUCUCUGCGCUGGGCUCCUCUGGCCAGCCGGGCCCACCCCUGUGUGCCAUCCAUCCAUCAGCGCGCUCAGCUGGCAGCGGGAGCCAUUGGCUAGUCCCAUCCCACUCUCGCAGGGCUCUGCCCUCUGGCAGCUCGUCACGCUGAUGUCGAGUUGUUCGACUCGUUCGCUUGCUCUGACGCCGGCCAGAGAGAAGUGAAUGAGAUCGCACGGUGACGGGAGCGGCACGCGGCGCCUGUCCCGGUGCCGGAUUACGCCCUGCACCCCCGCAAGAAGGCCCCGCGCCAUGGACUCCCGGCCCCUGUUCCAGGCCCUGCACGUGGUGGCCGAGGACAACGUGGCCUUCUUCCGGCAGAGCGCCUCGGAGACGGGGCGCCGGUUCGUGGCAGCCUUCACGGCCAUCGGGGAGCACGCCCGCCGCCUGGAGCCGAUUCUGCGCCACUUCGCCAGCGUCUACCACGUCUUCGACCUGGACGAGGCCACGCCGGCCAACGGGUACCGCAGCCUGGCGCAGACGACGCGCUGCUGCCUGGCCCACGUCCUGCACAAGAGCCGCUACGUGGCCGCCAACCGCCGCAGCAUCUUCUUCCGCACGGGCCACAACGCGGCCGAGCUGGAGGCCUAUUGCGCCGCCCUGAGCCAGCUGCGGGCCCUGCUGUACCUGGCACAGCGCCUGCUCACCCACAACCGCCCCGGCUGCCUCUUCCACCACGAGGAGCGCGGCCUGACCGAGCUGGUGCUGCGGGAGUACGGCACCCUGCACAAGGGCUGCUUCUACGGGCGCUGCCUGGGCUUCCAGUUUGCCCCCUCCAUCCGGCCCUUCCUCCAGACCAUCGCCAUCAGCCUGGUCUCCUUCGGAGAGAACUACAGACGCCACGACUCCGGCCUCAGCAUGGCGGCCGGCUCGCUGUUCACGUCGGGGAAGUUCGCCAUCGACCCAGAGCUGCGGGGAGCCGAGUUCGAGAGGAUCACGCAGAACCUCGACGUGCAUUUCUGGAAGAGCUUCUGGAACCUGACGGAGACCGAGCUGCUGGCUUCCGUGGCCAGCAUGGCGUCCACGCCAGUGCGGGUGAUCCGGGCGCUGACGGUGCCCCCCGCGCCCUUCGAGCUGCCGCUGGCUGCCGACCCUUCGCUGAGCAUCACCAUCAGCCCCCCGGUAGCACACACCGGCCCUGGGCCUGUCCACAUGCGCCUCAUCUCCCACGAGCUGCGUGAGGGGCAGGACAGCGAGGCACUCUCCGCACUGGCCCCAGCCGAGGGCCCACUGGGGCUGGAGCUGUGGCGCAAGGCAGCGCCUGCGCCCCCCUCGCCCCUCCUGCUGGUUCACUUCCACGGCGGCGGGUUCGUGGCGCAGACGUCAAAGUCGCACGAGCCGUACCUGCGGGGCUGGGCGCAGGAGCUCGGCGCCCCUGUGCUCUCCGUCGACUACGCCCUGGCGCCCGAGGCCCCCUUCCCCCGCGCCCUGGAGGAGUGUUUCUACGCCUACUGCUGGGCCCUGCGUCACUGCCGCCUGCUGGGCUCCACGGCGCAGCGGGUCUGCCUGGCUGGGGACAGCGCCGGUGGGAACCUCUGCCUCACCGUGACCAUGCGGGCGGCCGCCUUCGGCAUCCAGCUGCCCGAUGGCAUCAUGGCGGCCUAUCCCGUCACCCUGGUGCGGGCCGCGGCCUCGCCCUCCCGCCUGCUUACCCUGCUCGACCCCCUGCUGCCCCUCAGCGUGCUCUGCAAGUGCCUCAGCGCCUACGCCGGCACGGAACCGGCGGAGGGGGAGCCCCCCGGGCUGGAGAAGCUGGGCCCGGUGAACAUGGUGCGGCGGGACACGGCGCUGCUGUUGCAGGAGCUGCGGCAGAGCGCCUCGGCCUGGCUGGGGGCGCUGCUGGACAGCCCGGGGCGCAGCAACGGGGCUGGCGCAGAGGCCAUGCGGACGAGCGUCUCGGAGGCAGCGCUGGACGACGACUCAGCUGUCAAAUCCAGGGGUUCCCGCAAGAGCCAGACCUGCCAGGAUCUAUCAUGCGGGGUGUCAGCCCCCCUGGCCCAUGCACCUGCCCCCCCUCCCCAGGGCAGCCCCCCCAGCUUCUUCCUGAGUGGGGGGCAGCUGGAGGAGGAGGCCCCCGGGGACGAGGGGCUGCAGUAUCCCGACGGCUUUGAGCCGCUGCGCUCGGACCAGCCCUCCGCCAGCAUCACCCUGGAGGCAUCGCCCGUGGUCAAGAACCCCUUCAUGUCGCCCCUGCUGGCCCCGGACAGCAUGCUGCGAGGACUGCCGCCGGUCCAUAUCGUGGCCUGCGCCCUGGACCCCAUGCUGGACGACUCGGUGAUGUUCGCCCGGCGGCUGCGGGAGCUGGGCCGGCCGGUGACGCUGCGGAUCGUGCAGGACUUGCCGCACGGCUUCCUGAGCCUGUCCCAGCUGUGCCGUGAGACCCGCCAGGCGGCCGCGCUCUGCACCCGCGUCAUCCGUGAGAUCCUGCUGCCCCCGGAGCCCACGCCGCCCACCGCCCCGCCCUCGCCCCACAAGCACCGCAAGCUGGAGCGGACGCCGCACUCGGGGGCUGCCACGGGCCUAGCCACGCCCACCCUCAAGAGUCCCACCACAGCUGCCUUGGAGACCACGCCCGGCCAGGGGGGUCGGGCCCCAGUGGAAACCCCCCAGAGGCGAGAGCCGGGGCCCCAGGGCGGCCCGGCAGGCAGGGAGGUGGGGGCCUGAGCCCCCGGCCGUGGUCCGGGAUUUCCUGGGAGCCCCUUGGUGCUUUUCUCUCUGUGGCUCCCAGUUAGGGCGAGGAGGGGGGUCCCCCCCGAGAGCCUGGCUGCCCCUCCCCCAGCCCCCACCCCCGGGGACCGGUUUGUAGUGGUUUAUGCUGGAGGGCGUUUGCUGCUGUCUGUAUCCUGUGGCCUGAGGAGAAGGGGGUGUCUCCUGUCCCCCUCCCCCAGCCCUUCUUGGGCUCCCACACUCCAGCGCUGCUCUGGACGGGACCCCCUGCGCUCCAAGGAACGCCCCAGGUACCAGGCCUGAGCUGAGGGUGCAGGCCUAGCCCCCCCCCCCCCACUGCUGACUCCAGGGGUGGGGCAGAGGAGCUGGGCUGCCCCCCCAUACUCCGGGGGUGGGGAUAGGGUGGGAGCUCUCUGCCCCCCUCCUUUCCCUAUGUGCACUGGGGGGGCACUCCAGCCCAUUUCCCCCCCAACGACUCACCCCCGCCUGCUGCUGCUGUGAACCAAAUGAAGGGGUGGGGGUGCGCUCCCUUCGGGGGGGCGCUGGGGACCCCCAUCCACAACCUUCAGUUUUGUAAAUAAAACAGUUUGAUAUUGAGCAAA